AUGUGGGACCGCUUCCGUCCUCUUAAGGAUGGACUCUCUGCCUCGCAGUCGGAUCGCAAGAACAAGUUGAACGUUCAACAAGAGUGGCAGACUCCCCGCGCCCCUUCGCCGUACGGCUACUCCAUCAAGAUCCAAGGCGGACCUGCGCCCCCGCGGCCCCCAAGGGACUUUGAGCAUUCAUCGCCUCUGCAGACGUCAGCGCCUGCAGUGCAAGCAGUUCGACAGAACCCUCCGCCUAGGACAGGUCUGGAACCCUAUCGUAAUUCAGAGUACGGCCGGCCUGUUUCUUCAAUCUAUUCUCAGCCAUCACCGGCCGCGGCUACCUUUGCCGCCGAGCAACUGAGAGGCGACGUCUACAGCGCUCCGCACGAGAUCUCGCCACCGAGCUCGCCCGACGACGUAGCUCCGAGGAAUGGGACUCACUCAUACGGUGGAGGCGACGUAUCACCCAUCGAGGACACAGAAAACCGUCUUUACAUCAUGAACAACCCACCAGCAGAGCCGUCGGCAAAUCAAAGCCGCAGCAAUAUUCCACAGAUGCGCCGGGAGCGUCGCAAGAAUUCUGUCGGUGCCAUGUUUCAAUCAAGGGAGAUGAACUCUCCCGAACGACAGAAGCAGUACCGGCCUCAUGGGAAGGAUGUUCGUUGGGACCCACGAACUGGAGAACCCACUGUCGGCGAAAAGGGUCGCCCGUCCCAAAUCGACCCUCACAACUACGUGCAAAGGCUCGCCACUGCCAACGCGCCAACGGGUGCACCACAACGGACUGGUCAACAGCCCGUCAACCCAUUCGGUGUGCGACUGAAGCCUGCCCAGCAACGAACAAGGCCUGGCCUGCCGGCUGAACAGACGCCGCGAUCUAAUCCAAAAGCUGAAGCCGCCCCGCGACCCGAAUGGCGCGGUGGUAGCGGCCGGACCGCAACGGUCGACCCUGUUGCUGAUGAUCGCAGUGUCGCGCCUCUGCAUAUUCCUAGAAGGAGCAGCAAGCGAACCCCUCGCGAUCCUGGUGUGCUGUCCCCUGUCAGUCCUGGUGGUUCUGAAACGACAUCUCCCCCGCCCACGCGUACGGCACCAGAGAGAUUGGACGACAACAGAUCAAAGGCAAUGAAUGUCCGUAUCACCGCUCCAUCGUCGCAACAAGAAAAGUCUCGGGUCGACGCUUCAUCGUACCCUAGUCCUCCUCUAUCAGAUGACCAGUCAGCCCCAGCCAAAGUAUCUCAAGCACCUCGUUCCCAACAGCAGGCAUCUACGUCUACCCAGCCGCAACAAAAGCAGACUCUACUGCAAGCGAAUGAAAAAGCCAUUCGAAGAAAGCCCGCCGGAGGCUCGAGUCAUAACCCACACUUGUCGGUGUCUUCCUCCAUCUAUUCGCAGGUGGACGGUCAUCCACCAGCACCGCCGCCAGUGGACGACCGGUUUCAACUUCCUUCUCGCUCGACUGGGAAUACUAGUACGACCCCGGCGAGCACGGUAAAUCCGCAAUCAUCACCGGUUGGUGCGCCGCCUCUGUCAACUCCAACACGCCAAGCAUCGGAAUCACCAAAACCUAUUCCAGGCGACUCGGUUCUAGAUCGCAAACGUCCUGUUGUCAAAGGUUACGAAGAAUCCGUCCGCAGCCUGCCUUCUCCUGAACCCAUCAAAAUCAACAUGGGCUCCCCGUACUACACGACGGCUCCUGAACCGAAGCCUACAGGAGCACGUCCCCUACCAUUUAGUAACAACAGCGCUCUAUCAGUGAACACGAUAGCGUCCGGCGACAAAGACCUUCCCAUGGUACCUCCGGAGCUAUCAGCGCGUGAUCGUGUGACGUUUCUCAACGCUCAGGUCGAGGCUCUCGGCAACCGACGAAUAAAUAUCAACCACGCCAUCAAGCAAAUGACGGAGCUGAUGCCGACAGACAAUGUCUUGGCAUCCGAUGCCGUGAUCCGCAAGCGUGAGCAAGAAAAGCGCAAAGUGGAGACACUGAGAGCAGAGCUCGCCGAUGUCCAACGAGAGGAGUAUGAGCUGGGACUGAAGCUACACCGAGCCUACAAGCGCUUGGAUCGUGAUGCCGAGUAUGAACCAACGACAUUGUGGGUCAGGCGCGUUACUGGUUGA